AUGGCAGGAACCGUCCCAGUCGCAAAGUCCUUGAAGGACAUCUACACCGAAGAUGCCAUUUCCACGCAAACCGGAAGAUGGGAGAAGCUACUGAAGCAAUUCAACUCCAAUUAUGGCCACAGCCCACAAUUCGUCUCCCGAUCACCAGGUCGUGUCAACAUCAUCGGGGAGCACAUCGACUACUCCCUCUACUCUGUACUGCCUAUGGCUAUCACGGCAGAUGUUCUAUUAGCAGUGGCAGUAACCGAUGAUACGCAAGCUGCGCCGAAUUCAUACAAGAUCAAAGUUUCGAAUGUCCAAAACUCGAAAUUUCCCUCUCACGAAUUCGACAUCCCAUACGACUCUGUCGAAAUCGAUGCUAAAGUCCACGAAUGGACCAACUACUUCAAGUCUGGUCUGCGAGGCGCAUUGGAAUUGCUACGGAAGAAACAUGGAGCUGGAUUCAAACCCAAGAGUAUGGAGAUACUCAUGGACGGCACUGUGCCUGCCGGGGGUGGACUGAGCAGUUCUGCUGCCUUUGUCAGUGCAUCUGCAUUAGCAGUCAUGUUUGCCAAUGGAGAGACAUCAGUUGAUAAGACACAAUUGACGGAACUGGCGAUUGUCAGCGAGCGAGCAGUAGGCGUCAAUUCAGGAGGAAUGGAUCAAUCCGCAUCAGUAUUCUCUCUACGCGGGACCGCCCUCUUCGUCUCUUUCGUUCCAUCCCUCACAGCUAAACCCGUUCACUUCCCCAAGACCACACCCGAGCUCUCAUUUGUAAUCGCCCAGUCUUUCGUUCAGUCCGACAAAUACGUUACCGGCCCCGUCUGCUACAACUUGCGUGUAGUAGAAUGCAGUCUCGCAGCCGCUUACCUGCACGCAAUCCUGAACAAGACAUCCUCUCAACUACCUACCGAUUCAGGACCACUAGGAAUAUCCCUUCGAGGCUUCCACGACACGUAUUUCAAGAGUACAACCAAGUCUUUUGAAGACCAACUCACCGAACUCAUCACGCUUACAAAAUCUACCCUCACGAAAGAAGAAGGCUACACGCGCGAAGAAAUCGCUCCAAUAAUUGGUAUUUCAGUAGAAGACUUAAACAAGCGUUUCACAUCCACCUUUCCCAUCCGCGGCACGCAUUUCAAGCUCCGUCAACGCGCGCUCCACGUCUUCUCCGAAGCCCUCCGGGUCCUACGAUUCAUGUCAGUCCUCUCGAACCCCGAUAUAGAGCAUAACGAAUCCUUCAACAAAAGGCUAGGGGAUCUCAUGAACGAGACGCAAGAUAGCUGUAGCAAUGUAUAUGAAUGCAGCUGUCCGGAACUCGAUAAGAUAUGCGCGAUCGCGCGCAAGGCGGGGAGUUAUGGCAGUCGGUUGACGGGUGCGGGCUGGGGUGGCUGUAGUGUGCAUCUUGUGCCGGCGGAUAAGGUGGAGGCUGUCAAAAGCGCGUGGGAGAAGGAGUAUUAUGCAGGUAGGGAGUUGAGCGCUGAGCAGAGAGAGGCGGCUGUUGUAGUUAGUAGGCCGGGGAGUGGAAGUGCUGUGUUUGUGGUUGAGGGGGAAGGUGUACUGUGA